AUGCCGCCAUCCCAGUCUCCCGCCGACAAUCAUGAUCGCACAGUCCUUGUACCUCCACACCUCGGGCCCAAUGUUCUCUCCAACAACCCAUUCUUCAGCAAACUCCUGCGCCAUGCUCGCCGGGACCGUCUUGCCGUCCGAGAUGUCGACCUCGGCGUGGAGAAGACGUACACGGACAUUCUGUCCGACGCUCUCUCCUUCCGAGCUGUUCUGCAGGAGUCGCUUCCCUCAGAAACUCUGAAAGCGCUCAAGGACGGUGAUGAGGUCUAUGUCGGCGUUUUAGCUGCUGGUGGCUACGAGUUCACCGUCGCAGUGCUGGCAGUGCUGGCGAUCGGGGCAGCCGUGGUCCCAAUUUCCACGUCUGCCCCAGUCAAGGAGGCUUCCUACUUUGUCAACAAGUCAAGACAGGUUCUCCUCCUGGUAAGCGAGGAUGCCGUUCACCUCGGGCGCGAUAUUCAACACGAUCUCCAGACCACCACAAAUCUGAAGCUCCCCGUCAUCCCGAUCUUGUCCAACCUUCCCAAACAACCCAAAUAUACGGCCUUCGACAUGGUCAUAUCUUCAACCCAUUUCCUCUCCGAUACCGCUGCAGGCGUCGUCAUCUUCACCUCCGGAACCACAGGGUUGCCAAAAGGCGCUGUAAUGCGCCGCUCCUACGUCCACGAAACGGCCCUAGCAAUCGGCGAGGGCUACGACGUAUCCCACAAUGAUGUCCUUCUCCAUGUCCUCCCAGUCCAUCACACCACAGGGUUGCAGACGUCUUUCUUCGUCUUCCUGGUUGCGGGCGCGUGUAUAGAAUUCAAGCGUGGGGGCUUUGACCCCGCCUGGGUCUGGAAUCGCUGGCUACAAGGGGCCUUGACGAUUUUCUCAGCCGUGCCUACGAUCCUGCUCCGCCUGAAGUGGCAUUACGAGAAGCACAUCGCCGUGUUGCCUCCCCAGGAACGACGCCAGUACGACGACGCAGUGAACCAGUUCCGCGAGAUCAUGUGCGGGUCUUCCGCUUUGCAGGACAACGUGCAGGAGUUCUGGACCGAUCUACGCCGAGGACGCGCCAUUCUGACGAGAUACGGCGCGACCGAGUUCCCGGGCUGUUUAAAAGUCCCGGCCAACGCGCCCGAUGAUCUACCCAAGGGUUGCGUGGGCUUGCCCGUGCCAGGCGUCGAGGUGCGGCUCUCCGAAGGGGAUCACGGCGAACUGUUGGUCCGCUCGCCGUACAUGUUCAGCAAGUACCUGUUCGACGUGGAGGCCACACUGAAAGCGCACGACGGCGACGGCUUCUUCAAGACGGGCGACAUCCUCCGACGAGAGGGGAACUAUUACUUCGUCGUCGGACGGGAGAGUGUAGACAUCAUCAAAUCGGGCGGGUACAAGGUCAGUGCGAUUGACGUUGAAAAGGCGUGUCAAAAAUUGCCCUACGUCAACGAAGUCGCAGUGGUUGGUGUGGACGAUGAGGAGUUUGGCCAGAGGGUCGGCGCCAUCAUUGGCGUCAAGUCGUCCGCGGAGGUCCGGGACGUUACUAUCGAGCGACUCCGCAAGGACUUGAGAAGCAGCUUGACGGCGUAUAAGCUUCCCACGAUACUGAGAGUCGUGCAAGGCGAGUUACCCAAGGGCGGCACGGGGAAGGUGCAGAAGAAGAUGCUGGGCCCUGCAAUGUUCCCCGCGGACUGGCGGUCACGGAAGGAGGUCCAGUACUGGGACCGUGACAGCAAGAAGAAAGGGGCGAAGUUGUAA